GUCCAAACGACCUACACUAGAUUUAAACAAUCAAGAGGAGGAUAGGAAAAGGCAUAAGGAGUACCUCUAGCAAUUCGAUUGGAUCGUUCUAUCAAGAGUAGGAUUGGCGCUUCGAUGGACCGAUGCCACCACUCCGUUCCAAUGACGAGGACAGCGACGCGGAGUACAUCCACUUGCGAGGGCCGGUAGAGGCCAGGAACGACACCGAGAUUGAGGACGAGGAGGCUCAAUUGCUUCCACGUUCGGAAGAGCUAGACCAUGAGGAUCCUCCCAACCCAACAGUGAGGAAACGCCAUCACCGUCCCACCGGCUUUUGGGCAUGUUUCUACGGCCCGGAUCCCCCACGGAUACAGUCCAUCAAACCAUGGUUCCCCAAGAUCCAACAAUUCCCAGCGAACGCGGUGGAUCGCUGGAUGCCGUCACGCAAACGAAAGCUCGUCGCGCUGGCAGCCCUCUUCUUCCUCUGGCUCGCCAUCCUCGGGACCGUACUCGGCGUCACUCAGCUACCACGCAAGGCCCCCGGCGGCGAGUACAUCCUGCAACUCGAGUGUACGGACACGCUCUGGAGAGCUAAGAAUGGGUGCGGCCUCGACGGUAUCGAUUGUCGUCCUUUUGACAAGGACAGCUUUUCUUUUCGAUGUCCGGCUAAGUGUGCGGACGUCCAGGUGCUCAAUCCGCAUCCCGUUGGUCCUGUAGAUAUCAAUUAUCGUCCAUUCGUCAUUGGCGGCGGCGAAGAUAGGAUCUAUCGAGGGGACAGUUUCAUCUGCAGCUCUGCGAUCCAUGCGGGUGUCGUAAGCGAUGUCAGAGGUGGUUGUGGAAGACUUUCACGAAAGGGCCAGAGAGACGUGUUUCCGAGCACGAAGAGCAAUGGAUUGGAAUCUAUCUCCUUCGAUUCGUAUUUCCCGCUCACGUUCCAGCUGGAUGCUUUGCAAGGGGGCAGCUGUCCAGCCGAUCAAAGACAGCUUUUGCUUGUCGUGUCGCUGGUCUUCACGGCGGUGUUGUCUGUAUGCACUGCGUCGCCGCGUGCGCUAUUCUUCACGGUCUUCAUCAUGAUUUUCGCGCACGUCAGUCUGGUGUCGGAUCCCCCGUCUGCGUCUCGUCGCAGCCUGUCGGUCCUACCUGACCAUAUCUCCAUGUUCGCGAAGAGACUCCUCCCAGCGCUCUUCUGCGCCGUCGUGCUCUACCGCACAGUCGUGAGACGAACACUAUCAGGCGUCGAAGCGCACGUCGAGAAGACACUGUUAUGGCUCGGAGGCUUCUGGUUCGGCGCCCUCUCCAACUACACCUUUGACUGGAUCCCCAUCUCGCGGCUCACCGCACACGACCUCAACCAACAACCCGGCGCCAAACUCGCCCUCGCCAUAAUCCUCCUCAUUCUCAUCUUCAUAAUCCCCCGGCAAGUCCACGGCUUCUGGGUCGAGGGUCGCCUGCCACGCUACCUCGCCCUCUACGCACUCUUCCUCCUCGCAAUCGCCUUCUCCCUCGCCAUCCCCGGCCUCCAACUCCGCAUCCACCACUACAUCCUCGCCCUACUCCUCCUACCAGGCACCAGCAUGCAGACCCGCGCCUCGCUCCUCUACCAGGGAAUCCUACUCGGACUAUUCGUCAACGGCAUCGCGAGAUGGGACUUCGACUCCGUGCUCCAAACCGCCGACGCCCUCCGCGCAGACGGCGCCUUCGGAUCCUCCAAGCCCAACAUCACGGCAUACAUCCCAUCACCACUACCACCUGAUGCUGCGUCGUGGACCGCGAGCUUCACGUGGGCGGCGUCCACCGCGCACGACGGCAUCAGCGCGCUCGUCAACGACGUGGAGAGGUUCCGCGCCUUCUUUGAGGACGGAGAUGGACCCCAGGUGUUCAAUUGGACGAGGGAGAGUGCGUUGGAGGUUCCCGAGUAUGUACAUGCAUCCGGCCCAGAACAGGCCUUCACAUUCAACCAUGGCAAUCUGAAGACGAACGAAACAUCCUCAAUCCCAGUAGACAAUGACUCCAUCUUCCGCAUAGCAUCCGUGUCGAAGAACCUCGCCGUCUUCUCCGCCCUGGUUGUGGAGAAUAAAAGCAAACAUCACCCCAACUUGACCGAGUUCUCACUCGACGCACCCGUCCGCCACUUUCUCCCCUCCUUCCGUCUCCCGGACGAGGACUGGGAGGAUGGCGGGAGGGACAUCACGCUGCGGAUGCUGGCGAGCCACAGUGCGGGCCUGUCGCGGGAGAGCUACAGUACCGACUUCAAUCUCGUGCUCAAUACGGGGAAGGCCGAUGCGGAGACCAUCGGGGCGGCGUGGGCUGCGGCGACGCCUGAGGGCGUGAUAGAGAGUGUGAAGAAGACCCGUUUGAUGUUCGCUCCUGGCGAGCGGGCGGCUUAUUCGAAUGUCGGUAUCUCUAUUCUUGCGUCCGCUGUCGUAUCUCACUACAAUGAGAUCACUGGUUCUGAUAGCUCGUGGAGCCAGUUCGCAAUGGAUGAGAUUUUUUCCUCACUGGACAUGACGCACAGCUUCUUCGGCGUCAUACCGGACGGAUUGAGACCUUAUAUUGGUGUUCCUGGAGGCCCAAAUUGGGCUGAUCUUGUUGUUGGACUGGGAUAUGAUCCCGCUGCUGGCAUGUGGAGUUCGAGUAACGAUUUGUCAAAGUACCUCUACAGCGUCUGGCUCUCUCCAUCACCCUCAAAACUGAUAACUCGAGCCCAGCGCCGCCGCUCACUGAAACCCAACUUCGCCCUCCCAGACGGCAAACAACUCGUCGGACCCGGCUGGGAGAUCGACCUCAAGACCAUCGACACCACCUCAAAGAGCUCAUCCAUACUGUCCGAAAAGACGUACGCAUCCUUCGGCAAGGCCGGCGACGGCGGCGGCUGGCACGCCUGGAUCGACGUGAUUCCGAAUCUCGGCUACGGCAUCGUCGUCCUGUCACAGCACUCUGGCUUGGAAGACUAUGUGCGCAUCGUGCCGACCAGUAUCAGAGACACAGUGCACGACAUCCUGAUCCCGGCGUUCGCCAAAGCCCUCGCAUCGAGACUCUGCAUGCGCUUCUCUGGACGCUACGCCGACGGCAGAGACUCCGGUAUCUUCACCGACACCGUCCGCGGCUCAGAUAUCAACGACACCACCUUCGCCCGCCUCGAAGUCGUCGACCACAUCCUCUACCUCCGCGAGCUCGUCGUCAACGGCACGUCUGCGCUGGAAGGCCUAGACAGACUUGGCUGGACCGAAAAGGACCAGUCGCGGUUCUGGUCGACGCCCGAGGGCGUCGUGCUCACGCCCGCGGAGGGAGCCGCCGAGAAUGCGCAGUUCGGUCGCGGCGCGCAGGUCUGGAGGAUGAUGAUCCCCGGGCUCGAGGUCUGCGAUUGGUUCGACUUCGACGGGUAUUCGGACCAGAAUGGCUGGCCGUUGAGUAAGGUUGUGCUGGUGGAGAGGGAGGGCGGCCAGGUCGAGUUGCAUUAUCCGCCGUAUGAUAUCGUGCUCACGAGGUCGAGUGGAUGA